AUGGCGAACGUGACGGACACCGCUUUCCGCCGCCUCAUCAGCGAGAUCGCCAAGCCAUCAGUAAUGUGGACCGAGUUUGUCAGCUGCGAGGCAUUGACGCACGAUCCGGACUCGCGCCGCCGCAUGAUGACCACGCUAAAGUAUGCGGAGCAGGAACGGCCCGUGGUGGCGCAACUCUUCGGUUCGAAGCCCGAGCAGUUCUACGAGUCUGCCAUGAUCGUGCGUGAUCUGGGCUUUGACGGAAUCGACAUUAACAUGGGGUGCCCCGAGACCAACGUGAACAGUCAAGGCAGUGGUGCUGCGCUAAUCUUGCAGCCGGACCUGGCGGUCGACAUUGUGGCUGCUUGUAAACGCGGCGCCGGGAACCUGCCAGUGUCUAUCAAGACGCGCAUCGGCUUCCACCACAUCGACUACACGGACUGGAUACUGCGCUUAUUGGGUACAGAUCCAGAGGUACUUACUAUUCAUGGGCGAACGCGCGACGAGAUGUCUAAAGUCCCGGCACAUUGGGAUGUAAUCGGUGAAGUUGUGGCGUUGGCUAAAUUGGUAGGAUCUCCGGCGCUCAUUCUUGGCAAUGGAGACGUUAAAAGUCUGGGUUGAAGCACAGCAAAAAAGUCGUCGAGUUCGGAGUCGACGAGCGGUAUGCUUGGACGGCGCGUUGUUU